AUGGAGUUAAGACUUUCAGACGAAGGAAUUCAUCUCGUUGGUGCGUUUUACUUGACUGUCUUUAGAUAUGUUGUUGGCACACUAUGGGAAGUUUCGGAUAGGCAUUACGUUGAUGUAGCUGCAGCUUUCUACACAACUUUGUGUGAUGACGGAAUGUCUGAUCUUCUGGUGUGCAGAGGCCUGCAUCGAGCGCUGGGAAAGUUGAGAGACAAGGAGCGAGUCAAAGGCAAGGAUAUCAGAGACAUUACGGCGGUAAGCGAGGAAGAAGCCCAACCGGAUAUCGGGAAUACGGACUAG